GGUACUGAUGUGAGGAGAUCUGCCGCUUGAGCAAGUGUUUAAUUUGUAGGAAAAGAGAGCAUUCGAAGAUUUUUCUUAAACACAUUCAUGAAUUUCUCAGAGGGGCAAAAGGGGGAAAUAAACGACGUGGCCUGUGGGCACAUGGGGGAACGAUGUAAAUUAUGCGUAAAUUGUUUUGUAGAUAGCGGGGAGUUGCUCAGUUUCCGUAGCCGUAGUGGUGAUAGCUGCGGGAACCCGUGUGUGAGGGAGGAGUGGUGGGUGUGAGUGUGUCUGCUUCGUGGCGGUGUGGAGAUGGCAGCGGGGGAUUGAGAAGGCGGGUGCGGUAGACAUGCCUAGCUGGCUAUCGCCGUCGCUCUCGCUGAAAGGUUACCGGCAACUGGUGGCUGUUGAACCGAAGAAGCCCCGAAGAAACCCCGGAACCCAGAUCCGUUGAUUGGAAUAUGUAAUCGACAGGCUCAGCGGCGGCAUCACGGUGUCUCUGAUCUGCCAAUCAAAUCACACACACUGGAAUUACAUGUGAGUGGCGCGCGGGGUUGGGCGGAUGUGCGGGUGAACCAUCGCCCGCAGACAUGGAAAAAAGGUCAACGCUUGUCUCAUUUCUAUUUCAUUAAAUAGACACAUCGAAUAAUGGACUAAAUGAUUUAUGACGGGGGAAUUGAAGGGUUCUGGAAGAAAGUUUUCCAUUGAGAUUAUUAUAAUAUCUAUCCCCAGUGCGCGCCGCACAUCCCAUGCGAUUUUUCCAUUAAUCGCAGUCAUCAAAGAUAAAUAGCCUAUUCACAUCAAUCAAUCAUUGUGUUUAUUAGCCAGUGAUUAGCCUUCAGACCGCCAAGGAUAUCACCCCUCUCAUUACAGCUAUACUACACGGCUAUAGGACUGUAAGCACCAAUCAGCAAAUAUGAUGUGCGAGGUGAUGCCGACAAUCACCGAGGGGGACUCAGGGGGUCCUCCCCGGGGUGGAGGGACUCAGAACGGCUCAGACCCGGAAGCCAACUUCGAGCAGCUGAUGGUCAACAUGCUUGAUGAGAGAGACAAGCUGCUGGAGUCCCUGCGCGAGACCCAGGAGACACUCAUUCAAUCACAGAGCAAGCUGCAGGGUGCACUGCACGAGAGGGACGUGCUCCAGCGUCAGAUCAACACCGCGCUGCCUCAGGAGUUUGCCACUCUGACCAAAGAGCUGAAUGUGUGUCAGGAGCAGCUGCUGGAGAAAGAAGAGGAGAUAUCUGAACUGAAAGCUGAGAGGAACAACACCAGGCUUCUCUUGGAGCACCUGGAGUGUCUGGUGUCUCGUCACGAGCGCAGUCUGAGGAUGACGGUGGUGAAGAGACAGGCUCCUCCCCCCUCUGGGGUCUCCAGCGAGGUGGAGGUCCUCAAGGCCCUCAAGUCCCUGUUCGAACACCACAAAGCCCUGGACGAGAAGGUGCGUGAGAGGCUUCGGGUGGCUCUUGAGAGAGUGACUACACUGGAGGGACAGUUAUCAGCCACAACUCAGGAGCUGACCAAUGUGAGGCAGAGGAAGGAGGGAGACUCUUUGGACAGGAACGACACAUCCAAAUCCACCUGGAAGAGGCUACAUAACGGUUCCGUAGAUGCCCAUGAUGAUGGUAGCCGGUCAGUGGAGCUCCAGGAGCUUCUUGAUCGGACCAAUCAGGAGCUGGUUCAGAGCCGCGAGCGUUCGGGAACACUCAGUACACGCGUGGCAGAGCUGGAGGCGGAGCUAGCCAACACUCGCCGAGACCUGAGUCGCAGCGAAGAGCUGUCAAUCAAACAACAGAGGGAACAGAGAGAGGGGCUGGCACAGAGGGAGGAUAUGGAGGAGCGGAUUACAACGUUAGAAAAACGUUACCUGGCCGCUCAGAGGGAAACCACCCACAUCCAUGACCUGAACGACAAACUGGAGAACGAACUGGCUACCAAGGACUCUCUGCACCGACAGAGUGAGGAGAAGGUGCGCCAGCUGCAUGAGUUGUUAGAGUUGGCAGAGCAAAGACUGGCUCAGACCAUGAGGAAGGCUGAGACACUACCAGAGGUGGAGGCAGAGUUGGCACAGAGGGUGGCAGCCCUCACCAAGGCUGAGGAGCGUCAUGGCAACGUGGAAGAGCGACUCAGACAGCUGGAGUCACAACUUGAGGAGAAGAACCAGGAACUAGGCAGGGCACGUCAGAGAGAGAAGAUGAAUGAAGAACAUAACAAGCGUUUGUCUGACACGGUGGACCGUCUGCUCACUGAAUCUAACGAGAGACUGCAGCUCCACCUUAAAGAACGCAUGGCAGCACUGGAAGACAAGAACUCCCUGAUCCAGGAUCUGGAGAACUCCCAGAAACAACUGGAGGAGUUCCACCACACCAGGGAGCGUCUGAUUGGUGAGAUUGAGAAGCUGCGGAACGAGAUCGACCACCUGAAACGCCGGAGUGGAGUGUUUGGAGAUGGAUCACACCCACGGUCUCACAUGGGCAGUGCCAGCGACCUGUGUUUCUCAGUGGUAGAGGGGCAGGAUGGACACUACAGCUCUGCUGUCAUCAGACGGGCACAGAAGGGGCGCCUGGCAGCGCUACGGGACGAACCCAACAAGGUGUGUGAGCAGGACUACUCGUCUCUUCGCGGCAGCGUCAGUCACCUCCUGGGCAGUGACAUGGAAGCAGAGUCAGACCUAGAUGAUGAUGUUAGCUCCGCCCUCCUGUCACCUAACGGCCAAUCAGAUGCACAGACUCUGGCUCUGAUGCUGCAGGAGCAGCUGGAUGCCAUCAAUGAGGAGAUCAGGAUGAUCCAGGUGGAGAGAGAGUCUGCUGACCUCAGGGCAGAUGAGAUAGAGUCUCGUGUGAACAGUGGGAGCAUGGACGGACUAAACGUUACACUCCGCCCCCGAACCAUGCCCACUUCAGCUACCGCCCAAUCACUGGCCUCCUCCUCGUCCCCGCCCACCAGUGGACGCUCCACUCCCAAACACCAUGCACACAACGCAAGCCACCAGCUAGGCAUCAUGACCCUGCCAAGCGACUUAAGGAAACACCGCAGGAAAAUAGCAUCUCCAGUGGAGGCCCGUGAGGACAAGGCUACUAUCAAGUGUGAGACGUCUCCCCCCUCCUCCCCCCGCAGUCUGAGACUGGAGACCAACUUCGCCCAGCUCACUGGCAGUCUGGAGGACGGACGAGGGGGUAAAGCAAAGAAGGGCAUCAAGUCGUCUAUAGGUCGUCUGUUUGGGAAGAGCAAGGAGAAGGGCAGGAUGGAGGGAGGAGGGACUCUGGGGAGGGAGGGACAGCCUCUGCCUGCCCUGAUGCCGGGAGUAGACUUUGAGAUGAGCAUCGGAGACACCAUGACUCUGGGCAAGCUGGGCACACAGGCAGAGAGAGACCGCAGGAUGAAGAAGAAACAUGAGCUACUAGAGGAGGCCAGGAGGAGAGGACUGCCCUUCGCCCAGUGGGAUGGACCCACUGUGGUCUCCUGGCUAGAGCUGUGGGUGGGUAUGCCCGCCUGGUACGUGGCAGCGUGUCGUGCCAAUGUGAAGAGCGGUGCCAUCAUGUCGGCCCUGUCGGACACAGAGAUCCAGAGGGAGAUUGGCAUCAGUAACCCCCUGCACCGCCUCAAAUUACGCCUGGCCAUACAGGAGAUGGUCUCCCUAACCAGCCCCUCUGCCCCGCUCACUUCUAGAACGUCCUCCGGAAAUGUGUGGUUGACUCAUGAAGAGAUGGAGAACCUGGCUUCCUCCACUAAAGCGGAGAAUGAGGAGGGCAGCUGGGCUCAGACUCUGGCGUACGGGGACAUGAACCAUGAGUGGAUAGGUAAUGAGUGGCUACCCAGCCUGGGUCUGCCUCAGUACCGCUCCUACUUCAUGGAGUGUCUGGUGGACGCUCGCAUGCUGGACCACCUCACCAAGAAAGACCUCCGCACACACCUCAAGAUGGUCGACAGCUUCCACAGGGCCAGUCUGCAGUAUGGGAUUAUGUGCUUGAAGAGACUCAAUUACGACAGAAAAGAUCUGGAACAUCGUAGAGAGGAGAGCAUGCACGACAUGAAAGAUGCAUUAGUGUGGACCAAUGAGCAGGUGGUCCACUGGGUCCAGAGCAUAGGUCUGAAGGACUACAGUAACAACCUGAUGGAGAGUGGAGUCCACGGGGCUCUCAUCGCUGUGGACGAGACCUUCGACUACAGCAGCCUGGCUCUCAUACUGCAGAUCCCCAUGCAGAACACACAGGCUCGGCAGGUUCUAGAGAGAGAGUUCAACAACGUCCUGGCCCUGGGCACCGAUCGCAGACUGGAAGAGAGUGGGGAUGAUAAGACGUUCCGCCGCUCUCCAUCGUGGCGGAAGCGUUUCAGGGCGCGGGAGGGAGGGGGAGGGAUGGGCAUGAUGGCGGGCUCCAUGGAAACACUGCCCGCUGGGUUCCGUAUGCCCUCCAUGUCCAUGCCCCCGUCCAUGGCCCUGGUGCCCAAGAAACACCUGCAACCAGAAGCUCCUCCCCCGGCUCCCCAGAGACUCGACCCCUCUGCUGUACGGACGUACUCAUGCUAACUCCACUCCAUUUACUAACAGGAGAUAACGCUAACAGUGCAUUCCCAUUACCUUUAUGGACACAUGCUUGCGGACCUUCGAGAGUAACAUGCCAAAUUUGGGAGAGAUCUGGACUUUAAGGGACCUGUAUCCAGCGUCACCUCUCACCUUCUCUCUGGGACAUGUGCAAUACAGAGGUGACCUCUGACCUUUUGACCUUUGAACUCUGAGCGUGCUCAUUGGCCGCGCUCGCUGCUGUAAAGGAGCCUCUGCCCAGUCUCUAUUCCCAGUACCCCCAGUAGCCUUGUUGUUGUGGUGUCGCGCUCCCGCUCCUUGGUCUAGUCCUAAUUCCUAAUCUGUGGGUUCUAGUCCUAAUUCCUAAUCUGUGGGUUCUAGUCUAACUCUACACUAACUCCUGGCUGUUUCAAUGACAAAUCCCACCUACAUGUUGCCCGCUCUCGGUUAUGCAAGGUAUUAAUCAUUUAUUGUCUCUCUCUGUAAAUAAAAUGGAUGACUUGUUUUUUUAAAUAAAUAUAUAUAAAUAUAUAUAUUGGAAUUAUAUAGGGAGAAUAUUAUAAUAUCAUUGCUGUAUGAAACCCAAUGCCCUGUAUUCAGUGGUGACUGUUCUCUGUGUGUGUUGGACCUCUGUGUGUCUUAUAUGCUGUCAGUGUCUGAAACGCCAGUUACAUGAGGGAUUCACUAAGCAGGGAGGGGUAUGUUACUCUAUGUGAAUACUACUACUAUGAUUCUCAGCCACAGGUUCAUGGGUCCAGAUCUAAACGCUUCAGUUAUCUUUCCUGCCUUUUAUCCCCUCCUUUCCUUCUCUCUUUUCCUCUCUCCUUUCCUCCUUCCCCAUCUCCUCUCCUCCUUCCUUUUCCUCUCCUCUUGUUUCCUCCUUUCCUUCCCUUAUUUGACACUAUGUAGCUACCAUGAGUAGAGUAGUUGAUCCUGUGGAUAUGAGAGGGUACAGUAUGAGCUGUGUGUGUAAAUGAAAGCAAUAGGCUCCUAUAUCUCGGACUUGAGGGAAACAGCAUACUAUGAAAGCGAAACCCCAGACUAACCUUCAUGGAUGGAUGGUGUUGUUUUUCACUGGAUGAUGUCUGUAUGUCUCUGGGAAAUUGUCUCUACUUCGUUUCAAAUCAAACUGUAAAUUGCUGCUCGGCAUCAGCCAAAUGAAAUCCUCACAUGCAGGUCACCUGACAGACAGUGAUGAUGCCAUAUAUGGACUGUUCCCCUGGCCCCUCCCCUUCCUGUCCAGUUGCCAUGGGGAUGUGAAAGUGGCCAAUGAUGGUGUCGACCACUAGCAAGUGUUGUGUGUGUGACCUCCUCUCCUCCAAUGAGAGAGCUCUAUCAGUGAACCAGUGAAAUGUCGGAUGGGUGUAUUUUGUUUUUUAUUUUACAGCCAAUGUUUUAAAGGUGUCUAAAAAGUGUAAUGUGCUACUGUGGCAGCUAUGAGUAUUGUAUGUGUAUUUAUUCCAGGUGUGAAAUGAUGCUGACAAAUCAAGAUUUUAUUAUUUGGCUAUUUAAAAAGUGUAUUGUAUUUAUGACACUAUAGACAUAAGUAAAGCUG